UGACAGCUACAUCGUGAGAGUCAAAGCCGUGGUGAUGACCAGAGACGAGACCAGCGGCGGCUGGUUGGCCCAGGACGGCUGCCUGAGCAGAGUGGGCGUGGUCAGAUUGUUGCCAAGCAACCUGCUGGGACGCAACACCUUCCUGAUCCACGGAGAGCGGCUCAGAGACCACCAGGUGAUUCUGGAGUGCAUCUUAAAGAAGGACCUGGUCUACACGAAGGCCACGCCCACUUUCCACCACUGGCAGGUGGACAGCAGGAGGUGUGGUCUGACCUUCCAGAGUCCAGCAGAUGCUCGGGCCUUUGACCGAGGAGUGAGGAAGGCUCUGGAGGACCUGACUGAAGGCUCGACCACGUCCUCGUCCACACUGCAGAAUGAGGCGGAGCUCGGUGACGAUGAUGUUUUCACGACAGCCACAGACAGCUCGUCCAACUCGUCUCAGAGGAGAGAGCCCGCCCUCAACACUCUGGCUCCGCCCCACCUCUGUGAACCCCGCCGGCACCGUUGCAUCCUGGGACGUUUGUAUGAGCAGCACCGACCGUCCGAACCCUGCUUCCUGGACCCGGCGGUGCACAUGUUUCCUCGUCAUGUCAGCUUCCCUCUGGAGGAAGAGGAGGUCGUACACAUCAACCCCCGCGAGCGGAGUUGGCUCACCGGCUACGAGGACUAUCGCCACACCAACUCCACCUGCGAUCACCUGGCCCAGGUGCGCAGCCCGGACGCCUGCAUGCAUUUCACCAAGAGCGAGCUGCCCAAACACACGUACACCUGCACGUACCCGCGGGGCUGCGACCUGCAGCGAGGCUACAGCGGUAAACCCGGCUGCCUGGAGCUGGGCGUCGCACACCGCCCCGUGGUCACGCUGCCGCCACAAGCACUUCCUCCCAAAUGCAAGUGGAAGGGGGCGGAGCCAGAGCCUUCCCGCUGCGUUUACUGUCAGGACACGUUCGUYCAGGAGGACAACGGGAGGGGGCGGUGCCAGGAGGCACCCGACCCCAUCAAGACGUGCAUCCGGCGGGUGAGCUUCAUGUGGUGCGCCGACAGCCUGCUGUACCACUGCAUGUCGGACCCAGAGGGCGACUACAGCGACCCGUGUUCCUGCGACACCAGCGACGAGCGUUUCUGCCUGCGCUGGACGGCCCUGAUCAGCCUGUCCCUGGUGGCGCCCUGCAUGUGCUGCUACGGCCCGCUCAGGGCCUGCCACCGCUGCGGCGUGGCCUGCCACUGCUGYGGCGGGAAGCACAAGGCCGCGGGCUGACAGGGGCCAGGCUCCGCCCACUCCACGCAGACCUGGGGGCUCACAGGCUCCGCCCAUUCCUGAGAGACCUGUGAGUUUGCAGGCUCCGCCCAGUCUACAGAGAUCUGAGGGAUUACAGACUCCGCCCACUCUAUGGAGAGCUGGGAGGGGGUCACAGGCCCCGCCCACUCCACUGAGACCACAUGGAAACAGGCUGCUGUGAUUUCUGUUGUCAUGUCAGAGUUUUUAUUUAAUGCUGAGAGGAAGAUGGUUUAACUCAUUCAGUUUGUAAGGUUUAUGUAAAUAAUAAAUAAAACAUCUGUGUGUAAAAUACA